AUGUCCGACUACGAACACGCAAAAUCGGCUGCCCACGGGCUAGAUAACGGCUGGGACCACAUCGCCCAGACCAGGACAAGCAACGCACAUCAACAGGGGACUUUACACGAUGCCCACCAGGCCACCGUAUCGCAAGUGGCCCGGCCCGAGUUUAUGAAACUUGGAAACCCCGGUCCCCUUGGGCUUCUCGCUUUCGCAAUCACGACGUUUGUUGUUGGACUCUAUGAAUGCGGUGCUGGUCUCCCCAACUCGAACCCAGAGGGCGACGUCGGCCCCAACCAAGCUGCCUUUGGCAUUGUGAUGUUUAUGGGUGGCACCGCUCAAGUCCUCGCCGGACUGAUGGAGUUUCGUGUUGGAAAUACGUUUGGAACAACGGUCCAUUGCGCUUAUGGUGCAUUCUGGCUGAGUUAUGGGAUGUUCCUUCUCCCACAUCUCGGUAUCGAAGAUGCCUACAAAGGUGACAAGAGAGCCUACACAUUUGCCAUCGGGAUAUACUUGAUCUUGUGGUGUUUUCUUACAUUCCUGUUCUUCCUUGCUGCUCUCCGUACGAACUUUGCUAUUUUGUCGGUCUUUAUUACACUCAUUCUCGCCUAUCUGUUUCUUAGCCUUGCCAACUUCACGGCUACAGAGCAUGCUACUGCCAGUGUGCGUCUGAAUAAGACAGGCGGUGCUCUUGCGGUUGUUUGCGCUACUUGUGCUUUCUAUGCUGGCGCGUCAGGCCUUAUGGUUCCUGAAACAACUUGGGUUCGCUUCCCACUUGGUGAGAUUGAGGGGCCAUGA